AUGGCCGGAUUCAAGUCCUUUUUCUCAGCCAAGUCAUCCCGCCUCAGCCAUGAUAACCAGUUUGCCGAACACGACCACAAUAGUCGCAUGAACAGCAAUACCGGUAUGAGUUGGAAUAACAGUGCUUCCAAGUUGGACCACAAGCGCGACAGUUCCACGCGUCUUGUCACUGGUUUCCAAAAGAUGUUCGGCUACCAUCGUCGCAAUGACAGUGUAACCCCGAGCUCUGUUCCCAUGGCCUCCGCUAUGCCUUCUGCGCCAGCGCCAGCUACAUCUACUUCUACCCCGGAGAGACUCUACCGUUUCCAGUCACCUAAGCAGAAGAAACAUGUCAACCCAAUUCCAUCCUUACCUUCGACGGCAGACAACACAAUGUUCAUGUCUAAAACCACUAUGCAUUCAUGCAUGGUCCCUUCGAGCACUCCACCCACGAGCCCAUUGACGCCACCUACAAGCGCGCGUUCUGAAACAUCGACCCCUAACAGUAGGCAUGUCGUCGUUCCGCCUCUUAUACCACUUAUUAAACCUGCAAAAGGUGCUGCUGAGCCUACGAGCAAGACCGAAGCGGACAUCAGUCUCAUGACCGACAUCGACACGCGUGCCGACUGCCAAGCCAUACUCCGAACAUCCUCUCAGCCUGUCGUUGUCAAGCCGACCCACGACAGUUCUGAUGCUUGCACCAAUAGAUUUGAGGCCGCUAUGGCAGACAGACGCGCCGCAGAUAAGCUGCUGGCACAGUGCCAUGCUGCUAUCAAGCCACAAGCGAACACUGGUAAGCGCGUAAAACCGCUAGAGACCAUCAUCAAGAAGAAGAGCUCCAGAGAUAGUCAUGGUAUAGCUCAUCUACCGAGCAAUCUCUCUCCACCUGCUCACUGUCGAGCCCACGCGAGGACCGUAAAUCAGGCGAUUGAAGCCCUACGACGACGCGAGGCCAUAAAACAUCUCGCCUUUUAUGCAGCAGAUGGGUGUCCCAUCAACAUCGAUAUCAUGGAUCAGAUCAACGCCCAUUUUCACCUCAAAGCCCGUCACGCUCAUGACGAGAUACCCGAUGUCACUUUCAAUGUCAACGCUAUAAAUAUCCGCGCGAGCCAGAUGCCCAUAGGUUCUGUUGAGCGUAACUGGAUCAAACGCUACAAUGCUGCAGUCAACAACGCCGAGCUUGUCGAGCGUCGACUCAUGAACAGCGAAGAUCACGAGAUGAUUAUCGCGCAGCUCUUUCCUGAGGAGCGCGGCCACAUACUGAAGCCAGAGCAUUUUGAGAUUUUUAUGGCUGGUCUUGGUGAAGAAGGCAUCCUCACAAAGGCGCAGGCCAAGUCCAUCGCCAACAUCGCCGUCACGCACCAAGAAUUUGAUCAAGGCGUACAUUACGUUGAGGGUUCCGUAAAAAAACACUCUCACCGUCGCAACCCCACCGAAGUCGCAAUUUUCAACAUUCCCCAGCAGGCCAGCCGAAGUGUUGCGUCUUUUUCGCCUCGACCGACCAACCAGCCUGAGUUAUAUUACUACUUGCGCAUCCUAGUCGAAGCUGCAGUCUACGAUCAGAAAUUCUGGAAAGGUUACUUCUUCCCCAACGCCCGCAACAAACUCAAUGACUACUUCCAAGCCUACAAGACCUCGCAGGAGGGCUGGCUCCUUCCCCCAAACCUAACGGACUACAAGCGCGAAUGGACACACCGCGACGUGCGUCUUUUACACCGCGGCCAGCUCAUCUGCGACCUACUAAAACAAUACGAAGCUAACGAUGUGACUGACUUCGGUAUUAUCCGCGCUAUCCGCGCAACCUAUGUUGGUAUCCCAGCCCAACCCUCCUGGUGCGCCGAAGAUCUCGAAUCCUUCCUCUACCACCGCGUCGCCGAUUCCGGUCUUGCCGUUUCCAAGAUCCCUGAGAUACUCCUUCUACACCCGGAUAACGAUAUGACGUUUGCCAAUUCUCGUCUUCGGCAGCAGGUUGUUGGUGGGCUGAGGGAGCGCGCUGAGCUGUUCGAGAAGGAGGAGACGGCUAGGUUGAGGGAGAUUAAUAGGAGUUAUAUGACGUUCGAGGCGGCUAAGAGGAAGGGCUUGACGAGGUGGGAGAGGAUGAAGGAGGGGCUAGAGAAGGCGUUUGGGAAGAAGGUGGCUUUUGUUCCUUUUGAUCCUUUUGCGCCGGAGCAUAAGGUGGGAAAACAGCGGGUUAUGACAGGAGGAUCAAGGUUAUAG